UGUCCAUGAAAAGCUAUCGCAGAAACUCUGGCCGUGGCCGCUCUCAGGCUUCUCUCUGUUGGAAAGUAUACAAGAGGAGAAGUUUACGUUAGUUUACGUUUUUACACAAUUCAAAUUUUCAUCUUUUUCACAAGUGUUACAUUACAAAAGAAACACGAUAUGGCACAAAGUAGAUUGGAGAAAAUUGGCACAAUAUAUAGCAGAGUUACGUCGUUAUUAAAGGGCAAAGCCAUCAAAGAAGAAGACAGACCUAUAUGGCUAGCAAUAUACGAGGCUUUUCCUCCAAAAUAUGAGCCUAGAUAUGACAGAAAACUGCCAAAGAAACCUAUCCAGCCUAUCUUUUAUGAAGAGGAUAUUAUUCGAGCAAGGUUUCACAAAGAUCAAAGUUAUAUACCAUCUACUAAUUUGACAGAUAAAAAUACAAAGUCUGCAACACAAAAUUUUCUGUCUAUGUACAGAACUAUCAAAGAGGAAGAAGGAUUAUCGGAAAAUGAUGCUUAUACACAAGCAAUACAACAUUAUAGUUCACAGGUAGAAGCAAAACUGAAUUUAAAGAAAAUAGAAAGUGAAUCGUCGAGUAGUUCUAACUGAUAUAACAAAAUAUGUUAUUGUAAAUAAAAAUUUUAUUGUUAAAUAAUA